AAAUAGGAGUCCGUCCAGCCAGCGCCGCCACAGUUGUUGUGGUGCACGUACGUGUGGGUUUCUGUGCCUUCUCGAACGUAUAUUCGUGGUCGAGAUACGAAGGGACUGCGGAAUUUCUGUCCAAAGCCUUUUUCCAAUGGCCUGGCGGGUACGUGGAGGGAAAUGUAGCGGGAGGCGAGUGGUGGGCAUGCAGAACACCCUGCAAGCCCUGGCCGCCCUGCACACCCCGAGGCCCGGCAGGAGCGGCGGGGGUUUGUGUCACACUGCAGCAAUGAAGCGAGAGGACGAGUUACCGUAACGAGGAGUUUUAUGGCAGGAACCUGGUGAUGGGGGAGUGACUGGGAAGAAUAGCGGGGCACAUCCCUCAGCCUCGCCACAAAAAUGAGUCGUCUCAGUCCGGGGAGGAAAGACAGACUCCCUCGUCGUCUCUCUUCCCGAUAACUCCAUUUUGAAGAAGAGCUCUCGCCAACGCUUCCCUGAGCCCCUGUGACGAAGAUACUCUCAUCUCUCGAGGCCCGGCGGAGUGGAAUAAGGAACACAACAUACUGAGACGUGUGGCGACCUGGGUACAUUUGGUCCACCUGAAUAGCGAGCCGUGACCUAACCUUCGCAAGCGAUGUCCUGGAUGUCACAGCGAUGGGUGGCUGCUUCACCUUACCUCACCUAACCGAUGUCAUCGUCUGUUAUGAAACACAGCCGCAUCUAUGAACCUAGCUUUUCCCUGUACCGAGCACCGCUAAGCAGCACCAGAGAGGCACGAAUAUGUAAGGGAGGAAGGGAGUACAAGCAAUGCAAUGGGUGACUUCCAAGCACUUACUGGCCUCCCAGGACCUGCAGUGGAACCAGAAACACUCCUCUUCUGGCAACAUUCACAGUUGUCACCAGUGCCACUCACUGCUGGAAGAUUGUGUCACUGUAUGCUGCCAAAGAUGUGAGUGAAGAGGAAAGAUGUAUUUGAGAUGCCAACAAGUCAAUUUGUUCUAGCCCUUUUUAAUGUUUGCUGGGAGGCCUUGAGAAAAAGGCAGUCCCUGAGCAGCAUGUGCCACCAUGACGCAAGAUUGGCAUCCAUUGACUAUUAUUGUAACAGUACAGUAUUUUCAUUACAUCAGAGACCCCUAGGAAUUAAGGAAGGAAGGAGUACAAGCAACACAAUGGGUGACUUGCAAGCACUCACUGGCCUCCUAGGACUUGCAGUGGAACCAGGAACACACUCCCUUUCUGGCAGCAUUCGCAGUUGUCACUUCUGCCACUCGUUGCUGGAAGAUUGUGUCACUGUAUGCUACAGAAGGUGAUAUUCUCUCCAUCUCUCACUCUCUCUCUGACAGGUGUGUGUUUGUGUGUAUCUAUCCAUCUAUCCAUUUAUAUGUCUGUCUGCUAAUUUAUCUGCAUCAGUAACUAAAAGUAAAGGUAGGAGCUUCAGAAAUUGUGGAAUGUAUAGGGUCAGACGCAAAAGGCACAGGAUGAAAGUUUUUUUUUUUUGUUGGGGGGAAUUUGCAUAAUGUAAUUCCAAUUUACUGAAGACCUUUGUUUUCCACAUCACCAGAUACAAUGAAUACUGACUAGUAAUAAAUACUGGUUAUUGUUGCUAUUGCUACAAGUGUGAGUGAAGAGGAGAGAUGCAUUUGAGAUACCAAUAAAUCAAUUUGUCCCAGGCCUUUUUAACGUUUGCCGGGAGGCCUUGAGCAGUCCCUGAGCAGUGUGUGCUUCCAUGAUGCAAGAUUGGCUGGCGUUCAUUGACUAGUAUUGUAACAGUACAGUAUUUUUCAUUACACCAGAGACCCCUUGGAGUUAAAGUUAAAACAAAACAAGAAACUUUGUUUUGGGAUUAAUGUUAUUGUUAAAUGUAUGUUAGGAUGAAGUUUAUUGUUAAAUGUAUAUUACAUUAUUAUGUGUUACUGAUUGAGAUUGGGUUUCAGGAAGAAGAGGAGUACAAGCAACAUAAUGGGUGACUUGCAAGCAUUCACUGGCCUCCCAGGACCUGCAGUGGAACCAGGAACACUUUCUGGCAGCAUUCACAGUUGUCACCAGUGCCAGUCAUUGCUGGAAUAUUGUGUCACUGUAUGCUGCAAAAGUGUCUGGCACUGCUGGUGGCAUGUCUCUGCCAUGACCUGGACCACCGGGGCACAAACAACUCCUUCCAAAUCAAAGCCUCAUCCCCUCUGGCCCAGCUGUACACCACCUCUAGCAUGGAGCACCAUCACUUUGAUCAGAGUGUCAUGAUUCUCAACUCUUGUGGCAACCAGAUUCUGAGUAACUGCACCCCUGAUGAGUACUCCCGGGUCAUCAGUGUCCUGGAAGAUGCUAUCUUGGCCACUGACUUGGCAGUGUACUUCAGGAAGCGAGGUGGAUUCUUUUCCAUGGUGAAGUCAAAGCAGUGUGAUCUAAACCGGGAAGAGGUGUGGGAGCAGGUACGAGGCAUGAUGAUGACCGUGUGUGACAUCGCUGCCAUCACAAAGCCUUGGCCCAUCCAGAAACAGGAUUGACACAGGAGAGUGAAGGACUGCCUGCUUGCUGCAAGAAAGUUUAGGCUGCCAUCUCACUCCUGCAUUAACAGCCAAUAAUUGGUGCUGUAGGCCACCAGCCCAGUCAAAUCUGGGGAGCCAGGAGGGACCAGGUGAUCAGUGCUGAGGAGUGGAGAGUGGGCUGGCAGGAGUUGAAGCUUUAAGAGGUGCUGAAGAAGAGAGAUGGAGAGGAAGAUGAACCCUGGUGGCUGUCAGCCCUGUGGAAUCUUGGCAGAAUUGGAGAACGAACCCUGGUGUCUGUCAACCUUGCAGGGUCUUGGCAGAAUUGGAGGAUGAGCUCUGCUGCCUGUUAACCCUGUCCUCA